AUGCGCCCAUAUCUUUUGCUUCACCUGUCUCGCACCGAGAUGGGCGAUUACAUCGAGCACGACCUCGACCAGAGCCAGCCGACAAAGUUCUUCCUUCCUCCAUUAGAAGAGGGCUUCACACGUCGCACCAUCAAGACACUCCCGCAGCCGGAGUCGUCCACUGGCGCCGGCCCGUCAACCGCUGGACCUGCCCUCGCCGUUGACCGCCGUCGCCAGGUCUACGCCAACAACGAGUGGGCUCGACACGUCGCCGCCAACGAGUGGACAGGCUACCGCGCGUCACUCACGCCGCGCGAUCUACAAUCCGGGGCGGAACGCGCGCGCGCACUUACCUUCCUCGAGCGUGAGCUGCGUGUCUGGGCACCUCCGCACGACGUUCCGCAUCUCGCCCGGCGGCUCGUCAAGCUCUUCUCGGCUGUCGACGUGCGCUCUUCGGCUGCUGUACGGCUCCUCGAGCCUCUGGUGGGAGACACAUAUCCUCAUGCAGCUGAGCACCUCGCUCACGAGCUAGCGGCGUUCCUCCGCUCGCCGUUUCCGCUCGAGGUAUGGGACGACGUCGUGCAGUACAGCCACGAGGAAUAUGAGGAGGCUACGCGCGGAAGGUCGCGCUCGCGUUCGAGGUCACGCUCUGUGCCGAUGGACGGCGCAGAACAGUCACGAUCAAGGGGGAGGAGGGACUCGCGCUCGCGCUCGAGAUCACGGUCACUGUCAGGAUCGAUGUCGAGAUCAAGGUCGCGAUCUCGCGGGCGUGGGCGCUAUGACUCAUUCCGGCCCCGUUUGCGCUCACGUUCGCGCUCUCGAUCGGGGUCACCUUCCCGUUCUCUUUCACUGCGACGCUGGGACGAGGCGGACUCGUGGGUCGACCCAGAUUUCUGCAAGAACAAGCGACAGCAGAAGCGGGAUCACGAGCGCGAGCGGCACCAGCCGGACGAGAAGGCGAAGCAGGGGAACGGCCAGUCACUCCUCAGCCGCGUGGGCCCAGUUGCGCCGCAGGCAUUCCAGCGCGCGGUGGCAGGGGCGGGCAUCGUGAUCCGCGGAGCGGCGGACCGGAGGCAGAGCCUACUUGAUCGGCUCGCACGCGCCAAGGCUGAAGACGGGGAGGGCGAAGGGUCACCUUCCAAGCAUGACACUGUAGCUGCUGAGAUUACGCCACCUGCGCAGAACGGUCACAGCAUUGGCGGCGACCGCGCGGCUGAGCUGCGCGAGAAGCUCCUUGCCGACCGCAAGAAGCGACAGUUACGUGAGCAGCUGCUGGCCAGAAAGCGAGCACGUAACGCCGUCGCCGCCGCUGCUGAGGAUGUCAAGGCUCGCGGGGCGCGACAGAGCGGGGCACCGGGGAAGGGCACCUCCAUUCCGUCGCCAGCCAAAACAGAGUCAACGCUUGCGGACGAGGAGAGCUCGCAGUCGACUAUGAAAGAGGACGUUGAGAGGGCGGAUAGCGGGGCAGCACCUGGUGAGGCCCCAGUACCAGCCGCGCAGGGGAGUCAAUAG